AUGAAAAACGUCCUUGUUGUAUUGCUCAUAUUAAUUUCCCUUCAACUAGUCUCUAGUCUAACCCAACUUCAAGAAUCUGCCCGAGGAUUUCUAACAUCCCUAUAUGAACAUGUCAAGUUUCGAGACCCUAAAAUAUUCCACCAAGAUUACCAAGAGAUCAAAAAAGGUGUGCUGAUUGGGAAUUAUGGUAAGUCAAGUCAAAUAUUCUGUUUAAAAAAAAUCAAUAUUUUCAGAUGGUGCUGUUGAAUUUAUGAAGAACCACAGCAACGCGGAAAAUCAACAUUUCUCCGAGAUUUUUAAAAAAUUUCAGAAUUAUUCAAAUUCGCAGUGGGAAACCUAUUUCAAAUCCUGUAAUCUACAAGAAUCAGGAAAUUUUCUAGAAAUCCAGAAAAAUUGGAUUUUGCUUGGAAAAUCGGACUCGAGAAUUAAAGGAGGUUAUAAAUUAAUAAGGGAAAUUUAUUUUUGAAUAAAAAAAAUUGAAAUUCUGGCACCAAAAAAUAAAAACGUGACCCAAAAAAUGCCAACAUCAAAAACAAAAAACAAAAAAAAAUAAAAAAAUAAAGAUCCAAAGUGAGAAAAGGUCACUAUUUCUGAUUUGUAUACAACUAGCAAGUGGUUUUAGUUUUUUAAGGGAUCAAAACAAGAAAAGGUGAGUACUGUAGAAGGGGUACUGUAGAUACAGUAUGCCUUGGGUUACUGUAGAUACCAGAGGAGGGAUCCGAAGGGUCCCUAAAAAGGGGGGUCGGCGGGGGUCUCCCCCGCCAACCUUAAAAAAGUACUGUAGAAGGGGUACUGUAGAUACAGUAUGCCUUGGGUUACUGUAGAUACCAGAGGUGGGACCCGAAGGGUCCCUAAAAAAGGGGGGUCGGCGGGGGUCUCCCCCGCCAACCUUAGAAAACAGUACGGUAGGGUGCCUACAGUAACCCACUUUUGUAAGGUUGCCGGGGGAGACCCCCGCCGACCCCCCUUUUUCAGGACCCUCCGGGUCCUCUCGAAUACUGGGGACCAUCCUAACCAUUCUUCCAGAUCUCAAAAAAUGUCCGAAUGUCCCGGCGCUGAGCCAGUUCAAUCAAUGUCCCCCAAUUUCGGGGGCAUUCAAGGCUUCUACAAUAUAGCCAAAGGAAUUUCCGAUAGUCUUCAGAAGCUGCCAACCGAUAAAAUGUACCGCGACCUCAAAAACGCGAUUUUCGCCAACUCGGAAGGCGACACCAAAGCGGCUGUGGAGAAUAUGGUGAAAGACCAAAGUGGGCCCAUGAUUUUCUGGUCCCUCGGGAUUCUUUUCAUCCUCCUCGCUCUCAUACUUAUCGUAACUUCCAUCAUUCUACAAUGUUGUUGCGCGUGUUUCAAACCGAAACCGAAAGAGCUCAAAAAACGCAAGACUUGCGGAUUCAUUUUGCUGGGAUUCCUGGUGAUUUGCCUGGUUUUCUUGAUGACUGGUGUGAUUUUGUAUAAUAUGGCACAAGCGGAUUUGUCGACUGGAAUUGCGGAUGGCGAUAAGUAUACGGAUACAUUGUCGGGAGGUGAGUUAGCACAACUAGACCCUGAUAGAGGUACUGAGUGUUCUUGUGGUUAGCAGAACCUUGUGGUGAGAGAUAAGCCUGGGCCCAGGGGCCGCUUCCUGGCAGCUUUGCGGAAGCUCGGCAGCAGCUUCGCGAAAUAUACCCGGCCGCUUCGCGGAAGCUUGCGGUGAUUGGGAAAGACUUGCGGAGAAGCCCAAGCAAGUUCUGAAGCUAGACCCAGAGCCGCUUCGCGGGAGCUUGCCGGCCGCUACGCGGAAGAUUCCGGGGCGCUUCGCGCAAGCUUGCAUCAUGUCAUAAGGCUUAUACGUUAGCCUAACAUCUUCAUAUAGUUAUGACGUGGCAAAUCUACUCCUGGUAUGCCAUCAGAAUUUUCAAGACACAAAUUUGACUUGGCCUAACUCUCCAGCCUUCUUUAUCACAUGAUUUGCCACGUCAUAACACCCCCCCCCCUUCCCUGGGGGCCCCUACACAUACUUUUUUUUAAGUUGGCGGGGGAGACCCCCGCCGACCCCCCUUUCCCCAUUCGCCCCGUCAUAACACCCCCCUCCCUUCCUCAUUUACCCUAACUCACUCAAUUUCCAGACCUGUCUCGCGUGCUCACCAAAGGAAAUGCUCAAAUCAAGUGCGAAUUGCAAAAAACCACCGACACCAUGUUUGACGAUCUGAAAAAUCAAAUGAAAAGUUACGCCAAAACGGUUAUUGAUGGAACAAAGAAGCAGACUGGAUUUCAAGCUCUUCAUGAUGUGGGUUUCAUUAAAAAGCUUUAAUUAUGGCUUAAAUCCAGGAAAAAACACACAAAAAAUGAAAAAAAAAUUUUUUUGAAAAAAAAUAAAAGUAAAACAACGAUACUCCGCAAUCCCGUUGCAUUUUCGUGUAUUUCUCCCGGACAAUAUUGAUUUUUUUUUUCGUUUUUGCGCGGUUUAAAAACGUUUUUAGGGCUUUUGAGCAUUUCUAAGGGUUUGCGUGAAGCUUGACACAGCUAAUGUAGUGCUACAGUAGACUUUUAGCAGGCGCGAAGCGAGUUUUACCUGAAAAUAAAGGGAAAAUUGCCGUUUUUUCGUAAAUUAGACCGAUUUUUUCAGUUCGACUCAGCUGCAUAUAAUCAACAACUUGAUGACACCAUUAACAAAGGUCAAGCUCUUUGGGAUAUACUCAGCAGAACCACUGGAUCUUCACAAUGUUCACAGAUGAUUCCGAUUUUCACCAACAAAAUCGGCCAAUCUAUCAAACUGAAUUUGCAAGCUUUCCAAGGAAUUGCAACUGUAGUAUCCGGUGAAAUGUCCAAAGCCAGUGAAAAAUUCGACGAAGUUCAAAGGGAUGUUCAAACGCACGCUGAUUCGGCCGCCAAUCAAAUGGGAACAACACAGAUUGACAUCAAGAGUAGCUUGGAUUCGAUGGAUGUGAGUUUCUUUCUGGAAUCUCUGAAAAUUCUGAAUUUUUUUGCAGACAAUGAUUGGAGAUUUGGAUCGUGAUAUGAGUACAGUUAUUGAUGAGGUCAAGACUGGCAGAAAGGAGUUUGAACCGGUGAGAUUUUUGGGAGCAAACGCGCUCCACCGAAAUGAACACGCAACGCGGACCGCGUCGCGGUCUACGUUGAAAAGGGGGGUUGGCGGGGGUCUCCCCCGCCAACCUUAGAAAAAAAACCUACAGUAAUUUUUUUUAAGGUUGGCGGGGGAGACCCCCGCCGACCCCCCCCCCUUUUUAGGGAUCAAAACAAGAAAAGAUGAUUACUGUAGAAGAGGUACUGUAGAUAAUUCGGUACAGUAUGCCUUGGGUUACUGUAGGCACCAAAGGUGGGACCCGAAGGGUCCCUAAAAAGGGGGGUCGGCGGGGGUCUCCCCCGCCAACCUUACAAAAAACCUACAGUAAUUUUUUAAGGUUGGCGGGGAGACCCCCGCCGACCCCCCUUUUAAGGGACCCUUCGGGUCCCACCUUUGGUACCUUAGCGUUAGAGCGCAUUUGCUCCAACAUACCUUGUUUUGUAGCUAAUAAAUCCCAAUUUUUCCAGACAUAUGACUCGAUUUCAUCAGUUCUCAUCAUAUUUGUCAAUAUCCCAGCCACAAUCAUCAUUGUCUUCCUCAUAAUCACAAUAAUUUUGAUAAUUCUCAAAACAACCAUCGGAAAAUCAUUGGGCAAGUGUGGAAAUCUCAUCGUCAUCAUUGGAUUCUACAUCACCGUCAUCCUCUCAAUGCUCCUGAUCUUGAUCUCAAGUUUGGCAUUCAUCGGAGGCUGGGGUGUCUCAUCGAUUUGUGUGCCGAUUUUUGAGGAUUCCACGAAUCGCCUCUUCAAUUUGAUUGAAUUUGCCACGCCCGAAUUUGAUGGGAAGAAGGGUCCUGUUGUGAAUGCUGGAAAAGCGAUGGAUGUUUGCAGUUCGGAAUCGGGAACGGUUUUUGGAGCGAUUGGUGGGCAGAGUUUCCUUUCGCUCAAAUCUAUCAACGAGAAACUUGAUCUGAAUUCUUAUAAGAGCCAGGCAGAACAGAAGAUCAAAGCUAGUAUUCCACCCAUAUUCAGUGUCCCCACCAACACACUCCACACUCAACUAACAUCUGUAGAAGGCGAUUUCACUGCGCUCAAAGAUCAAGAUCUCAAAUCAGCGUGUAAUGUGGAUCCUUCGGAAUAUUUGACGGCACUUGAGAUUAGUGUUCAGCAAAGUAGAGGAUAUUUGGGACUUAUUGAUGCGCUUAAUGAUAAUGUUGGAAGAGCCAAAGAGAUUACUGUCGGUUUAAAUGCGGCCGAAUUUGAUAAAGCGCAAGGGAUUAUUGAGACAUCGGUCAAGAAGUUGAUUGUGAGUUUUUUUGGGGGAUCGAAAUUUGCUACAAAAUGAGAUACAGUACUCUGGGGUUACUGUAGAAUCAGCCCUUGAGGAUUCUCUACAAAAUGAGGUACAGUAACCCUGGGUUACUGUGGAAUUUAAUUGAGAAAAAACUUUCCAAAACAAAAUUAUCAAUAGAGCGCACUUGAACAACAUCGGAUUUUUUCUUCCUAGGAAGUUCUAGGUUCAUUUUGAAGCUCUUGAAAUUUGCUACAAAAUGAGAUACAGUAAUCUAGGGUUACUGUAGAUCAAUCCAAUUUGUAGCCCUUGAGAUUCUCUACAAAAUGAGGUACAGUAACCCUGGGUUACUGUGGAAUUUAGUUGAGAAAAUGCGUUCUAAUGCAAAUGAUUGAAUUUCUAUUGUUUUUUGAAGAUUGCUCAGGUUAACGGUGAAAUUUAGCUGAAGUCAAGUACACCAUUUUGAAGCCCUUCAAAUUCUCAGGUUACUGUAGAUUGAUUUCAGUAGAGCGCACUUUCUCAUUUUCCAAGAUUCCUAGGUUUAUUUCGAAAUACCCCUGAGCUACAGUAUGCUAGGGUUACUGUAUAAAAUCCCGAAUACGGUAUCAUUUUGUAGCCCUUGAAACGUUCUACAACACUCCGCAAUUACGCUCCAAAUUCUUUGCAGAACAAUCUCGAAACGAUCGAUUUCAAAUGUCGUCCAAUUGUCCAAAUCUACCAUAACCUGGGCCAUGUGAUUUGUCAACAAUUUGGUCAACCAAUUCACGGCCUUUGGGCCGCCAUAGGCCUAACUGGACUUGUCGCAUUUUUCGCCGCUAUCCCGCUGCUUUUGGCGUAUCGUUGGUUGAAAACACCCGAACCUGAUUCGGAUAAUGAGAAGGAUAAGGAAAAGGAGAAGGAGAAGGAGAAGGAUGAGAAAUCGGUAGGCCUUUUUUCAAUUAGGCCUAAGCCUAAGCCUGAAAGCCUAAGAUCAAGCCUAACCUUCUAGUGUUAAGCCUAAACUUAACCCUAAAGUUUUGACUAAGCCUAAGCUUAUGCCUAAGAAAUUGGCCUUAAAAUUAGGCCCCAAUAAAAUCAGGCCUGAAAUUAAGCCUAAGGUUUUGGCUAAGCCCAAGCUUAUGUCUAAGAGUUCAGCCUUAAAAUUAGGCCCCGAUAAAAUCGAACCUGAAAAUAAGCCUAAGGUUUUGGCUAAGCCUAAGCUUAUGCCUAAGGAAUUGGCCUUAAAAUCAGACCUGAAAAUAAGCCUAUGAAUUUGGUUAAGCCUAAGCCUAUGAAGAACUUGAGUUAGCCUAAGUCCGGGCCCAAAUCUAACUAAUUUAAAUGGGCCUUAGCCUAAGAGAUCUGGUUAAGACUAAGCCUAAGGUUUUGGCUAAGCCUAAGCCUAAGGUUUUGGCUAAGCCUAAGAAUUCAGCCUUAAAAUUAGGCCCCAAUAGAAUCAGGCCUGAAAAUAAGCCUAAGAUUUUGGUCAAGCCUAAGCCUAUUGCUAAGCCUAAGAGUUCAGCCCUGAAAUUAGGCCUCAAUAAAAUCAUGCCUGAAUGUAAGCCUAAGAGAUCUGGUUAAGCCUAAGCCUAAGGUUUUGGCUAAGCCUAAGAGUUCAGCCUUAAAAUUAGGCCCCAAUAAAAUCAGGCCUGAAAAUAAGCCUAAGGUUUUGGUUAAGCCUAAAAAAUUGGCCUUAAAAUUAGGCCCUAAUAAAAUAAGCUUAAGAGUUUGGUUAAGCCUAAGCUUAUGCCUAAGAGUUCAGCCUUGAAAUUAGGCCCUAAUGAAAUAAGCCUAAGAGUUUGGUUAAGCCUAAGGUUUAAGCUUAAAACCGUCUAGCCCAAUUCCCAGCCUUAAACUUAGCCUAACUCUAAUUUUUUCCAGGGCAAAAAUAAAGGAAAAGGCUCCAAAAACAAGAAAAAAGCCAAAGAAGAGGAGAAGAGCAAAGAAAAAGACAAGGAUAUCGAAAAAUCGAACAAAGAGCACGUUGAUGACGUGGCAGAUGACGGAAAAAUGCCACGUGUCAACGCGGAACAAGCGGAAGAAGGCGCGGAACCGAAAGCCGCUGCUGAGCCACCAAAACCAGCCACUCCACAAAAUUUGUCCAAAUCCAAAGAAAGCGACAAAUCUCAACACAGUCAAACAUCCCUUAAGAAUAAGAAGAAUUAG